AUGCGCCUUGCAGGGGUGCUGCGGGGCUACCGCACGGUUCACCCAAAAAGUCUCCGGGAGGCCCCGCUCGCGCUGGCGCAGUUGCACCGUGGAGCUGAGCGGAAAGGCACAGGGCCGAUUCUGCUCGAGGACCUGGACGGUGUUGCCCGGAUGACCCCGGAGUUUGCCGUGAGUGGUCGGCAGCUGUGGAACUCCACAAAACUGCUGCGUGAAAAUCGACACCUGCGCCGCUCCUCCCAGGCAUGCGUGGUCGGCGGGGCCGAUGCCAUUCGCCGCGCCUGGCGAGAGUACAAGAUCCAGCCGCACGUUGUGUAUGUCCCAAACACGGAGCCCGCCGUCCCCGCGUGGUGCCUGCAGGAGGAGCUUCCCAGCUGCGUCGUCUGCUGCUCCCCUGUCGACGUCAAUAAAAGUUUGCUCAGUGCCGAAAGGGGGGACGGCUACGCGGCGGAGUUUCCCAUCCCCACUUCCCCCUCCUUGGAAGCUUUUGUAGGCCCUCAGAAACUCACACGACUUGCCUCCGCCUUGGUGCUAGUGGGCCUGCGAAUUCCUAGCAACGUCGGCGUGCUCAUUCGAGCUGCGGUGGACAUGGGAUUCGAGAGCGUCAUCCUUGAUGACUGCGUGGAUCUGUUUCACGAAAAGGUCCUUCGCGCCAGCGGAGGGGCGGUGUUCGCACCAACUCUCAAAGUGUUUGAAACGCGAGGCGCAUCCGCUUCCCUCUUGAGCCGCAUCGCACUUGAGCACCAGCUUUUGCCCCUGUUAGCCGUGCCCUCGCAGACGGCCGAGCCCGCAUUUAAUGUGGCCAAGCGCUUGCAUGAAUCCAACGCGGCGAGGCGGCAGAAAUGUGACGCCGGCGCGGGUGCAACCAAUGCCCAUUUAGGCCCCAUGCUGAUUUUAGGCUCCGAGUCAAAAGGCCUUGAGAGCCUUGCGGGGGAGUGGACGGUACCGCACCGUGUGGUUUCCCUCCCGUUGCCGAACUCGUCCAUCACCUCCAUUAACGUCGGCGUGGCUGGGUCGGUGCUCCUCCACGCCUUCCGCCCCGCCGCGGAGAAGCACUACGCCAGUUUGUCGGAAAUCGCCCUCCAGGAGCCCGCCUCCGCCGCGGCAGGUCAGCUGCGUCUCGCCGAAGCGGAAGCGGAAAGAGAGGGAAGAAUGAGCGGAUGA